UGAGCUGUGCGCGCUGCCGCCGCGGGCACGGGCCGGGCGAGGGGCGAUGCCGCCGCCGCGGACUUGCAAGCAAGACUCACAACAAAGUGUUAAGUUUCAAGCUCAGCGUUUCAUUGUUCACCAAUGAAGACACCAACUGGAAUGAAGACACCAACUGGAUUUGACUGCUACUGCAGUCAGUGCGUUUUCAGUGUGUAACCUUGCGCGCUUCUCUAGUGCCGACUCUUAUGGAAAAAGGUAAUUGAGAAUGAGUCUUCAACAAUGCUAAGUCUACAAUGGGAAGUGUCACACUUCGCUAUUUCUGUUAUGGGUGCCUUUUCACAUCUGUGACCUGGACACUUCUGCUCUUUGUUUAUUUCAACUUCAGUGAAGAGAACCAAUCCUUCAAGAAUGUGCCCAUCAAGGGGCUGGAACCUCAGAGGCCAUUUCCAAAAAAAAUCUACCCUCGUUUCACGCGGGGACCUGCUCAUGUACCUGAAUUACAACAGAAAGAGAAUAAGAUAGGAAAUCCUCUUGGAAAUCAUGUCCAGUAUCCAGUUAAGAGGGGUGUAGAAUUUUCUCCUGAAAUGGGAAUGAUUUUUAAUGAAGAAGAUCAGGAAGUGAGAGACUUGGGCUAUCAGAAGCAUGCCUUCAAUAUGCUUAUCAGCAAUCGACUGGGAUACCACAGGGAGGUGCCUGAUACAAGAGAUGCAAAAUGUAGGGAGAAGUCCUACCCUUCUGAUCUGCCAUCUGCCAGUGUUGUUAUCUGCUUCUACAAUGAAGCACUUUCUGCCCUGCUUCGCACGGUGCACAGUGUCCUGGAUCGCACUCCUGCUCACCUGCUGCAUGAAGUGAUUUUGGUGGAUGACAACAGUGAAUUGGAUGACUUGAAGAAAGACUUGGGUGAAUAUGUUAAAACUCACCUUCCAAAAACCACAAAAUUGGUAAGAAAUGAGAAGCGGGAAGGCUUGAUUCGGGGCAGGAUGAUCGGAGCUUCUCAUGCCACAGGGAAAGUGCUGGUCUUCCUGGACAGUCACUGUGAGGUGAACGAGAUGUGGUUACAACCUCUGUUGACUCCCAUCAGAGAAGAUCACAGGACGGUGGUGUGCCCCGUGAUUGACAUAAUCAGUGCCGACACACUUACCUACAGCUCUUCCCCAGUUGUGCGUGGAGGGUUUAACUGGGGCCUGCACUUUAAGUGGGAUCUUGUUCCUUUGUCAGAACUGGAAGGACCUGAGGGAGCCACUGCUCCAAUCAAGUCACCCACUAUGGCUGGAGGCCUGUUUGCCAUGGAUCGCGAGUACUUCAAUGAGCUUGGGCAGUAUGACAGUGGCAUGGACAUCUGGGGAGGGGAAAAUCUGGAAAUAUCUUUUCGGAUCUGGAUGUGUGGUGGUAGACUUCUGAUCAUCCCCUGCUCCAGGGUGGGACACAUUUUCCGUAAAAGGCGUCCGUAUGGCUCACCAGGGGGACAGGACACUAUGGCUCAUAACUCACUGAGGCUGGCACAUGUGUGGAUGGAUGAAUAUAAGGAACAGUAUUUUGCUUUGAGACCCGAGCUGAGGAUGAGAAACUAUGGAAAUAUUACUGACCGAGUAGAACUGAGAAAAAGAUUGAGCUGCAAGUCAUUUAAGUGGUACUUAGAUAAUAUCUAUCCUGAGAUGCAAAUAUCUGGGCCCAAUGCCAAAGCUCCACAGCCAGUUUUUAUUAAUAGAGCACAGAAACGACCGAAAAUAAUCCAGCGUGGAAGGUUGUAUCACCUUGAAACCAACAAAUGCCUGGUGUCCCAGGGCCACCCAAGUCAGAAAGGAGGCCUGGUAGUGGUUCGGGAAUGUGACUACAACGACCAGAACCAGGUGUGGAUUUACAAUGAAGACCAUGAGCUGAUCUUAAAUAACCUCCUUUGCUUGGAUGUUUCGGAAACACGCUCGUCCGACCCGCCGCGUCUCAUGAAGUGCCAUGGGUCGGGCGGCUCCCAGCAGUGGACCUUCGGGAAGAACAACCGCCUCUACCAAGUCUCCGUGGGACAGUGCAUGAAGGUGGUAGAUCCCCUUAGCCACAAAGGGUACGUGACUAUGGCCAUCUGCGACGGGUCCCUUCCUCAGCAGUGGCAUUUUGAGAGCUGAGUCAGCGAGGCAGGAGCUGAGGCGCAUUAAGCCGAGGCCCGAUUCCCCUUCAGCCACAAUCCUACGUCCCUGUGGAGGAGUUCCCCAGAGCCCUGGGCUGCUGCACCUGGCACAAGUGCUCUCAGAAACGCCUCUGUGAGGAGCCCCAGCCACGAGGAGGUCCCGGUGGCUGCUGCUCCCUGCUUAGCUGCAGCAGCCCCAGCAGCAGCCCCACCUCAGAGCAACACGGACAAGUGCAAUUUACCAGCGCUUCCUUGGCUUCUCCUGGAUUAAUGAACUGUCUUUAAGUCAGAGAAAUUAUUAGAACCACGUAAUUGAAAUGCUGAAAUUUUAGCUGUGUGGAUCUUUCAGAUGACAGUGGCAGAACGGAGUCUCCUUCAAGGAUUAUCAUGUGCAGUAGCUUAUUGAUUUAUGUUUUUAGUAGGGUUUUACUGGCCAAAUUAUUUUACUUUUCCUGGAACAUGUUUUUAUUUCCUUUCACCUUCUGAGAAUUGCCAUCUGUAAGGUUUAAAUUUGGUUCUUUUAAUUUACAACUUUAGGCCAUUUCAUGUAGUUUGAAUUCUUAGUUGUCAUCCCUCACCUGGUAUUUAAAACAAAGUAACUAUUACAAAGUCUAUUUUGAUGACUCGUGACAGUAGCUGCAUUUAAAAUAAAGUAUCCUUUUUUUA